AUGUCAGAAUUCGCACCAAUAAAUCCUAAACCAUUCCUCAGGGACCUAGUAAACAAGAAAAUUGUCGUUACAUUGAAAUUCAAUAACACAAAAUACAGGGGCACGCUCGUAUCUACCGAUAACUACUUCAAUAUACAACUAUCAGAAGCUGAAGAAUUUGUCAGCAACAAGUCCAAGGGCACGAUCGGCGACAUUUUCAUCAGAUGUAACAACGUACUAUAUAUAGGUGAGGACCAACAACAGUAA